AUGUCACAGCCAGAAAUUUCCCAGACUGAAACAAACGAGCAUGUCGGAGAGGCUUCUGGCAGGACACCAAAUGGGGUUGAAAGCACUGACCCCGAGAGUGGUCACAUCGACACGGUGCAUUUUGGCAUAUUCCAUGACCAACUUCAAGCUGAAGUGCAGAGGCUUCAAGAAGGCAUGUCUAUAUCUCACAACGCGGUUACUGAACUUUCGAAGACUUUCGGUGAGUACAGUAAAAUCGUUAGUACCGUGGGUGAACGCCAUGGAAAAGAUCAAGUCCUGGAGGACAAGAUUCGUGAUUUGGAGGCGACAAAUGCCGGGAUAUGGAAGAAUAUCGAGACAGAUAGGAGCUCCCACAAGAAGGUUCUAUCGGACUUACGGAAGAAACAUGAUAAGGAACUAUCUGGACUACUAGCGCAGGCGGAGGCCGGUGAGCUGGAGAAGGAGAAAUACGAAGAAAUGGAAAGAAGUCUGCAAGAGGAACACGACAGAACCAAGCAAGGAAUGGCUAGAGAACUCAAACACAAAAAGAAUCAGUUAGAGAAUGAGAAUGCCGAGAAAAUUGCAAACCUGGAAAGAAAACAAGAGGAGCUGGAGAGUGAGAAAGCUAGACUUGAACAUGAGCUGGAUAAAAGGACUGCGGAACGUGACCAGGAAAUGGAAACUCGCGAAACGAUGCAGAACAAGGCGCGAACAGACAUCAGGAAGUUGGAGAAGUCACUUGCUGAUAUCCAGGCUAAGUACCAAGUGGACCAGCGACCAUCGCAAUUCUAUGAGGACCGAUAUAAGAGAAUUUUCGACGGUGUGGGCAAGAUUGCCUCAUUAUUCUUCACAGAGCUUCCAGAUAAAGCGAUCGAUGAUCCUGUCGGUACAUCCGCUCGGUUGAAGCGGAAAGCGCCCAGUUUUGCAAGCGUACCGAUUGGGAACUUUGAAUGCUCACAAGUUCUCCGACUGGCCAAUGCCCAACAUGUUAUCUUUGACUCUCUGUGUGGCUCUGUGUGGCAACCAUUUUUCUCUCGGUACCUAUGGAAAUACGAAAGAGCAAAAUCGUCUCUUCCUGAGAUCUACUCGCGUCUAGCCGCCUAUGGAGAGGAUUUCCAGCAGAAUUGGAAGGUGUCCACAUUAAAGAUUCUGGAAGAGCUUGACGACAAGGUGGACGUGGGGGAGUUGGUGGACACCCUGAUUGAGCAAACCGUCAUUGACAUUCUGCAGCCAUUACUGGACGAUAGCCAGCUCGGUCUAUUCAAAGAUGAAUUGAAGAUCGUAUACAACGACGCCAUCGAAUUGGGUCGGAUAGGGGAGCGUGAUCAAUCACCGGUGUAUCCUGAUACGACCGCAUCUGUGAAUGACCGCGCGGGCUGGAAGGAAUACUUGAGCGAGGACUAUGACAUGGAUGAUGCGGCAAACCUGUCUCGUACUUCGUCAACCUCCGAAAUUUCCUUUGGGCCGCUCUUUGUGAGUCCAAAGAUGUGUCGUAAGAGCGAGAGGGUGUCCCCAACUCCAACAGCGGCAACGCCUGUCACCACCCUAGGAAACGGAGCAGAGACCGAGGUGAUUCUACCCGGAGUUGCGCUAUUCCCUAACACAGGCAUCUUCCAAGAGGGAGCGAUGCACUGGCGGAGGAUUCAAGGGGCCGGGAGAGAGAUAGCUAAGAACAUUAAUGGCGUAGGGAGAAGGCCAAGUACCAGUACGAGUAUGAAAAGCUUAGGGAGUGCACCGGCAUCGCCACGCGAGCCGUCCAAGAGGUGGCCACGGCAAGGAACGCGAGACUUUGAUUAG